AUGUACCAGUUGGGAAUCAGCGCAGCGACCGCGGAGGCCCCUUGCACCAGGAUGUCGAUUACGCUAGGGGCGAACAGGUGGGCCUCGAGGAUCGUCGUCGUUCUCCAAUUGGCUGCCUGGAGCGCAGUGGGGAUGGUUCUCCUCCAGAAGGGGGUUUCCUCGUUGCAAAAAACCGCCGAGGCAAGGAACGCCACCAAGUACAACGAUCCGCAGGUGAACUUUACCGAAACCGUGGUCGACGCCGAGGUGAGAAGAAUUUUCGGUGAAGACGAUCGCGUCGCCGCUCACAGUUCGGCGUUGCGCUUCGGAUCGAGCAACGAUCGCGAGGAGGUGGAAUCCGAUCGUCUCGACGAGCCUUCUCCGUUGGAGAAGAAUCCGCACGAGACGGGAUUUCUCGGUGACGCCGAGUGGGAAGAAGUUUUCGGUAUAUCCUCCGACCUGAAAAAGAGGCAUUCCACCUCCGGAGAACAGGAACAUGCGGCGAACACCGUGUCGCCGUUAUCGACGUCGCGGUCCUCGAACCAUUUUUCGGGAAGUUCCAAGUUGGACGAAUUCGACGCACCGUCCCCGAGAAUCGGGAGCGGCGCGGUCGGCGGGUCGGGAAAAAAUUCCUUACCUGAUUUUCCAGACUCCUUAUUGGGCCCCGAGGAGGAACCGGUGGACCAGGACAAAGAGGACGGAGAUUCCACCACAACUUUGGGAACGGAUCCGAUGGCUCCGUACGAGAAAUACGACAACACGUUGGAGGCAAAAAAUAAGAUGAAAAUGUCGAACCUGAGCGGCGGUGGAGCUGCCGCCGCGGUAGCUAUGGUCGCUGUUGGCGCCGUUAUGCUGGUGUUGGGACCCGCGGUCAUCGUACUCAGGGCUCUGGACGAAAGGAGGCAGGAAAGAAGGUUCCUAAAAUUAUCCGGACAGGACGAUCUUCCCCCGAGUUACGAACAGGCCACCCUCAUGGACGAGGCCCCGAGAUAUUCGACUCUCAGUCUCAACACGAUCGGUGGAACGUCCCAGCAACUGGGAACGGCAGUUGCCCACACAGUGACGACGACUGUUCCAAUUAACGACUCUGUCAACAGGAUUCAAGAGGUCUGAUAUUACAUUUAUAUUGACAAAUGUCUUAUCUCGAAAAUACAGACCGGGAGAACAAUGUUUAUACGGAGAAAAAAACAUACAGUAUAGUAUAUUAACGAGGAAAACCGCGAUCAGAAUUAAUUAUCGCGCAUGGCUAGUCUUGCGUUUUCCCAUACAUGCUGCUCUACGCAUCAGACUGUAACAAAUGGCAAUGAUGUUGAUCCGCAAACUCGGCUGUACAAUACCGCGGCUAUAAAAUCUUGUUGUUAGCCGUGCGAAUUUCAGUGACUCAACCAUUAGUGUGUAUUUAUACGGGGCACUGAAGUGGCUAAUCCCCGCGACAGAAAUGAAUUAACAAAAAAUAACAUAAUACAAAAGACGAAGAAUGAGACUCGAACAUGGCGCAAGGAUAAUUCAACUGACCAUAGAUUUUGAAUUCGGAUCGUCACUUCCUUACGUGUGAUUGAGAACAAAUAUUUUAAGAAUCGUCGUUUCACCUCUGACUGCUAGAUGUUACAUGUAUUUAGUUAUUCAGUAGCUGCUAACUUGUGAUAAUUAUUAUAGCAAUUCAAUGUGAAUUUAUAUAAUGUAUAAUGUCUGUACUAUACAUAUUUUUAACCACACGUUCGACAAAAACGGUUAUAAUAAUACUUUUAAAAAGCCGAAGACUACGCAAUAGACUGCCCCAAUGGAAGAAAAAAAGAUCACAUGAAACAAAACGAAUAAAAUUAUCAAGUAAAAGAAAUAAAAGUAUGUGUAUAAUGUAUAUACAAUAGAUUCUAAUCAAAUAUGCAAGUGAUAUUUAGGUAUGCGUUAAUGAAAAAAUAUAAUAUAAUACAUAUAACAGGAGUGACGGUAAAAAACCAAGAAAACUAAACUACACGCGAGAAAUUAACGGAAAAAUAUAGCGAGUAAAUAAAUAACUGAAUAACCCUUUGGAUGUAGGCUAAUAAAUAUGAAGUUAAGAAUUUAUGGGAUAACGCGGGGGCGGAUUGGCGCGUAAAUUGGUUCUAAUUGACCGCAACGUGUAUAAUGUGACCUCAACCAGUUGCCGAAUCUGCUAUAGCUACUAUACUGCAGUAACGCAUGGCAAAGUUAAUGUCGCGUGCCCUAAAAUACCGUCUAUACGGUGUGGCUAAAAUAAUUAUAGUGAGCUGUCGGGCGUUUGAUAGAAGAAAGGCAAAACUCUGGUUAUGAAUAGUUCUACGUAUACUUUUGAUAUUAUUAUACCUAUACCUUGAAGCAAUGUAAAUAAAUAAAGGUAUAUAAGUAUUUCAAUUUUUUAUAAUGACUGUGAAUUGUAUUAUAGCGUACUUGUAUUAUAUUUGUAGAUGUAAUGUAUAAUAAAACCGUACGUAUGAAAAAAUACGAACUCUCAAACGA